CGGAGCGCAGUGCUGCAGCGACCCAACACGGGCUCAGGUGCGGGUCCGCGCAUACGCAGAGCCUGGCGCAGGCCGCCGGACAGACGGCUGAGACGGAGGAGAAGCUGUGAAGCCGCACCGCACCCGCGGCGGUCGUGGGGUGGGGGGAGGCCGGCGCACGCGCGAAGCCGCCCAGCAGGGCUGCUCAGAGACGUUAGGGGACGGAAAGCGAGGCCUGCGCGCCCGCGCGCCAGCACGGAGACACCGGCGGCAGCGGAACAAGAUGGUCGUCGGGAAGGCUGAGGGGUGGGCCCUUUGUAGGCGGAAACCCAGGUACAGCGUGUGCUUCCUAAGUGGGCGGGCCAAGAGCCCUCGACGUGAGUUGCCCGGUGCACGCGGGGAGUCCGCGAGAGACUCAGCGUGCCCGAGAGGCGAGGAGGACGGCACUGCGCAGGCGCAGUGUGGCGGCAGGCCCGGCGCAUGCGCGGACUGUAGACCCGUCACGGAGGCCGGCCCUCGGUCCCCCGGCGUGUGUUGCCAGUCUCGGCUGCCCGUCCGGCUUCCGCAGGGGUGGACCUGUGCAAACCGUGUGCGGCCCUCGGCAUGCUGCUCACCGCCUCCCCCGGAGAGCAGUUGUCACCGAGGGGCGAGGUGUCAGAGGCCACACCUUCCGACAGAGUCGUGCCCCAGUGAACGAGGGCCAUGUGCUGCCUGGGCCAGGACCUCCAGCCCCAGCUCGCCCGAAGGGACGGGUGUCGCUGUGAUGCAGGUAUGUCCAGGUCUGCUGGGCUCCCCCCUAUUGCUAUCGCCGCGCUCUCCCCCAUCGCCUGGCUCGCCCCCCAUCGCCUUGCGACCCCCCCCCCCCCCCAUCGCCGUGCUCCCGUCUAUCGCCGUGCUCCCGCCUAUUACUGUGCUCUCUCUAUCACCUUGCUCCUCCCUAUGGCUGUGCUCUCCCUCAUUGCUGGGCUCCCCCCCGCAUCGCUUUGCUCCCCCUCAUCGCCUGGCUUCCCCUUAUCGCUGUGCUCUCCCUCAUCGUCGUGCUCCCCCCAUCACCAUGCUCUCCCUCAUCACCCGGCUCCCCCUCCAUCGCAUCCCCCCCGCCCCCGCUGUCGCCUUGCUUCCCCUGCCAUCACCAGGCUCCCCCUUCAUCGCUUUGCUCUCCCCUCAUUGCAUUGCUCCCCCCCACUGCCGGGCUCCCGUCUCUCUGGUGACCUUUUGUGGUCUCUCGGUCCUCCCUCUGCACUGGGAGCUGCACCUCAUACGGCAUCUCUCUAUACCCUUUCCUGGUCCUGGAGGAGGCAUGGAUCUCUCCUCUGUGGGCACACUGUGCCCCAGUUACUGAGGCCAGUGUGUGUGUGUGUGUGUGUGUGUGUGUGUGUGUGUGUGUACGUACGUACGCUGUGUCUCAUCUAUACUCCAGCCUCUGUUCACCCAAUGCCCGGAGCUCACAGACACAGUAAACACUUGUUGCCUGACGAGCUGAGUGGAUGAGGGAACGAGUAUAGUUUCCUGAGGUUUUGUUGUGCUCAGUACAGGAAAUAGCAGCAAAGCAGGCAACUGCAGAGAAGGAAGCGGCUGUUGGUGCUAUCCAGACAGCCUCCAAGACCAUAGACACACACACAGCAAAGGUACUCGGUUGGUGGUGCUGCUGCAGAGGAGGGGAGUUACUUAAUAAAGAAACGGUAUUUACGUCUUUUUCAAGAUCAGCUUUCUUGAGGUAUAACUUACGUGGCCACUUUACAUGUACAUUUUGACGAACUUGGGCACUUGGGAGCACCCAUGGAACCACGACUGCAGUUGAGAUCUGGAACUUCUCCCUCAUCAGAGAUGUUCCCAUGAGCUCCUUCCCAACCAGUCCCACACGCCUCAGUCCCAGGUGCCUCCGAUUCUCUUGCUCUGCCUGUCGAGAUUUGUCUUGUGGUUCGUGCACCUGCUGCACAGGGAGCCAAUGACUGAGACUCUGGCUUUGAAGCACAGUAAGCUUUAUUAUUGGAAGGGAAGGAGUCAUUCCCAAAGCUGCUUUGCCUUGUUGAAUCUAGGGGUAGUUUACAUAUGAUUGGUUGGGAAUGUGAGUAUGUGAAGGGAAUUUUACGGGUUUCUUGAAACUUGAGGGGGCAGUCUUUUUUUUUUUUUUUAAGAUUUUAUUUAUUUAUUUGACAGAGUGAGAGAGCACAAGCAGGCAGAGCAGCAGGCAGAGUGAGAGGGAGAAGCAGACUCCCUGCCGAGCAGGGAACCUGACGUGGGACUCGAUCCCAGUAUCCUGGGAUCAUGACCUGAGCCCAAGGCAGACACUUAACCAACUGAGCCCUCCAGGCACCCUGAGGGGGCAGUUUUGAAACCACUGAUGGUAAACAUUCUUUCAGACAGUGAGGCGCCGUCUAGGAUUGGUAUACAUCAGAUAGUUUUAAGAAAAAUGUUAUCAUCUGUUUUUUAUCAGAUUUGUAUAAUCAGUUGCAAACAAGGGUUAGAGUGACAGGGACAAAGUCAAUGAUAAGUCAUGCACAGGGCUUAAGGAAACACAAAAGAACAGAACAUGGGGCUAGGUUAAUAAGACAACUGUAGGGGCGCCUGGGUGGCUCAGUGGUUAAAGCCUCUGCCUUUGGCUCAGGUCAUGAUCUCAGGGUCCUGGGAUGGAGUCCCGCAUCGGGCUCUCUGCUCAGCAGGGAGCUUGCCUCCUGUUUCUCUCUGCCUGCCUCUCUGCCUACUUGUGAUCUCUCUGUCAAAUAAAAAAAAAUUUAAAAAAAUAAGACAACUAUAGUACAACUUACGAUUUCAGAACAGGUCCCAGAACCAAGUGUCUGGCCUCACUUACUGUAAUUUCAAAUACAUGGAAUCCUACAGCAGGUACUGGAUUUUGGUUUAUUCGCUCAGCACGUCUCUGCUAUUAACUGAUCCCUUUAUAUUGCUAAGUGCUGUCAGGCAAGUGUUGUAGCCUUCCUGCUGAUGAGCAUAUAGCUGUUUCACAUUUGGGCUGUGGACACUUCCGUUCAGGCCUUUGUGUGGACGUAUGUGUUCUUUUUCUCUUGGGUAAAUUAUUUGCAGAGGAAGCCACCCUGUCAUAUGGUGAGUCUGUGUGUAGCAUCUUAAGCUUCCAACUUGUUUCUGUUAUUGAUAAAUUGGACUUCUCUAUAGUGUAAAGGGGCUCACUAUAAUAAGAUGCCACUAGACCAUGCAGCACAGAUAGAGAUGUGGAGUAUAAAAUGGUAGAGGCACUCUGGGAAGAGUUCUGGCAAUUUCUUACGGAAUUAAGUACCUAUCUACCUUAUGAGUCGGUAAUUCUACUCUUAGGUAUUUAGCCAUGUCUGAAAAGGACUUGUACAAAAAUGUUUACAAUAACUUUGUUCAUGGGGCGCCUGGGUGGCUCAGUAGGUUAAGCCUUUGCCUUCGGCUCAGGUCAUGAUCUCAGGGUCCUGGAAUCGAGCCCCGCAUCAGGCUCUCUGCUUGGUGGGGAGUCUGUCUGCCCCCCCCCCCGCCUACUUGUGAUCUCUGUCAAAUGAAUAAAUAAAAUCUUAAAACAAAACAAAACUCUGUUUAUAAUAACCAAACUUGGAAACAGCCCUUGUGCCCAUGUAGAGAAUGGCUGAAUUGUGUUCUAUCCAUACAGCAGGCGGUUAUUCAGCAGUAGAAGGAAAAGAGCUACUGAUAUGUAGAAUGCAGUCUUAAAGGAGGACAUCACAUGUGAUACCAGUUACAUAAAUCUGACCAAAGAACUCUGGUGGGGAAGAUUCAGGAAAACUGAACAGGUUGACAAUAAGAUAUUUCAAGUAUUUGUUCUAGUAAUUCUAAAAGGCUUUGGAAAUCCUAGCAUGUACCUAUAGUUAGCCACACUUGCUAGUGUGUCCACUGUGUUUUGAUUUUAUUUCAGCUUGUUGUAGUCACCCUGAUGAUCUUGUGCACCAAGCGUGCUCAGACUGUGUGGACCGGUUACUUGAUAAUGAGAAUUGGGGAGAGUCAUUACCUCUUAGAAGAUAUUUGGCGUACUCCACAUCUUAACAUGUGUGUGAGGUUUGUGGGUGAGAAAUGAGGAAGGGGCACUGGUCUUGGGGAGCAGAUGAGGGGCAACUCCCAGAAGUGACCUCACCCCAGUGUGACAGUGAUGGGGGUUUACUCAUGCUGGGAGUGGUGCCUGGGGCUGGGGAGACCACAGGACAACCUCUAGCUCCUACAGACCCUUUGUGCAGAUGGAAGAAUGGCUCCACUGAGGAGAUGGCCAGAAAAUGCGUGUUCACUCCAGGUAGGUGUGCCCUGCUGGGCAAGACAGGGUUAGUCCUUAGGGGCAGAGGCAGACCAAUAAAUGGGUACACAAAGGCUGGGAGUGGUUUCAGUUAGUGCAGAGAGAGACCUGAGGAACGGAGCUGGUGACAAAUGGCUGGUGUGGCAUGAUGGCUGUGAAUGGGAAGCUUAAAAGGUGUAAACCAAUUCGGUGUAGUGGAUGGUUGUUAAUGUCUUCAGUUUUUCCCAUUUUUGCUUUAAUUCAUCCUGGGUCUCUUUUGCUUUUUUGUGGUUGUUUGAUGGGAUCAUUUUGAACUGGAUCAGGCUGGCCAGGGACUAGUCCUACCCAAGUGAUGCUUGUUGGUUGGGUAGGGUGUAAGAGCACAGGAGUCUGCUCUUCUGCCACGGAUGGAGGUGCCAGUCUCCCUUUGACUCCACUCACAGGCCUGGUGGGGUUUUUUUUUGUUUUUAGAUUAUAUUUAUUACUACUUUUUAAUUGUUUUUUAUUUUUUA